GUGCGGACAGCUGGAUUUCCGGUUUCGCUGGGUUUGGUUCUGGAAGUCCGCGGAGAGGAGACGGAGGGUGUACGGGGAUUGUAAGUGAGCGGCCGGCGGGACACUCCUCGCCAUGGCGGUGUCAGAGGCCCAGCUCAAGAAGAUGCUGAGCAAGUACAAAUACAGAGAUCUGUCAGUGCGGGAAAUCCUGAAUGUCACCGGGCUCUACAGAGACCUCAAGCCAUUACCUGACCAGUAUGUUUUCAAUGAUGGCACCUCCAGGGAGCUCCUGAGCCUCUCGGGCACCAUUCCUGUACCAUAUAAAGGUAACACAUACAAUAUCCCCAUAUGUCUGUGGCUGCUGGAUACCUACCCAUACAACCCCCCAAUCUGCUUUGUUAAACCUACCAGUACGAUGACCAUAAAAACCGGAAAACAUGUAGAUGCUAACGGCAAGAUCUACCUCCCGUAUCUGCACGAGUGGAAACACCCUCCAUCAGACCUGCUGGGCUUAAUUCAGAUCCUGAUUGUCGUAUUUGGAGACGAGCCACCAGUUUUCUCUCGAUCUUCUGCACCAGCCCCAUACAUGUACCCGGCCACCGGACCUCCUAACACCUCAUACAUGCCAGGUGCUAUCCCCCCGUACCCAUCUGCAGGUCACCCGUCUAACCCAAGCGGCUAUCCUGGUUACUAUCCAGCUGGUGGGCCCUAUCCCCCAACUUCUGGUCCUCAGAUGUUUCCUCAGCAACCUGCACCUCAUCCUCAGGUUAACAGCUCUGGUCCAGCCCGAGACGGCACCAUUGGUGAGGACACAAUCCGCGCCUCCCUUAUAUCAGCUGUGAGCGACAAGUUAAGAUGGAGGAUGAAGGAAGAAAUAGACCGUGCUCAGGCGGAGCUGAACGCCCUGAAACGUACAGAGGAGGAUCUGAAGAAAGGGCACCAGAAGCUGGAGGAGAUGGUCACCCGGCUGGACCAGGAAGUGACGGAAGUGGAUAAAAAUAUUGAAACCCUGAGAAAGAAGGAUGAGGAGCUGGGAGCGGUGGUGGAAAAGAUGGAGAGCCAGUCAGAAUACAGAGACAUUGAUGAGGUCAUUGUGCCGACGGCCCCGCUCUACAAGCAGAUCCUCAACCUGUACGCCGAGGAGAACGCCAUAGAAGACACCAUCUUUUACCUGGGAGAAGCACUAAGACGUGGCGUGAUAGACCUGGACGUCUUUCUCAAGCAUGUCCGGCUCCUGUCCCGCAAGCAGUUCCAGCUCCGGGCGCUGAUGCAGAAAGCCAGGAAGACGGCAGGACUGAGCGAUCUGUAUUAACAUCAACCCCCCACCCCCGUUUUUUUUUUUUUCUUCCUUUUGAUCAUUAGAGAUUCGGGUUAAGUUAUUGUAAAGAUGAUGACGUUUGUUUCCUGCUGGUGGGGGGAGGCUGUCUCUGAGCGAUGCACUUUGUCCUUGGUUUAGAUCGUACUUACGAGAGGGGUAACCAGGAGAGCGGCAGCCGUUAUCAUGCCGGCGGCGCCCCCUGUGGCCGGUACAGACCCUUAAAAAAAAGAGGAGAGGGGGCGGCAUAAAUCUUGUACAGGUGGGGCAGCGAUGUCUCCUACUUCUGUAUAGCCUACUAGAUUUUCUGGUUACCCCCAUAGAUCUUUAUGUAGGGGACCCACUAUACAGGUCCUAUUUGUACAAAUAUAUAUUUUCUUUCUUUUUUUUUUUUAUAGGAAAAAAGUCUGUUUGCUGAGAUUUGCCGACUGACAUUUAAGAUCGUCAGUUGCUCCUUAGCAUUAAACUAUCACACUGCCGAUAAAGUGACGGCUAAGGAGCAAGUGACGCGGUGCGAAUCUCAGCAGAGGGACGGUUUUUCCACAAAACGCUGGCUUUGCAGAGGAGGCCGUACGUCGGGAUUCAUUUGCCUGUAAUUUGAGCAUUUUUGCCCUGUCUAUAUUUGUAUGUGAAGCCGCUGUACAGUGCUCCGGGAAGUUCUUGCUGUGCGGACGCAGCAUUAAAUCCACCUGUAUGUGAAUAAUUUUAUUAAUAUGUAUUAAAGAAAUACUAAUUCUU